CUGGAGCUGGUCUCCAUCACUGACUGGGAUUUGCUUUUGGCUUGGAAAGACCCUGCAGGCCAGGGGUGCAGUGGCCUUCUUGUGGGAUUCUACUUGCUGAGUUCAUAUUUUUGUAAAUCAACUUCAUCCUUCCCUGCUGCUGGCAGCGCAAGUUUAACCAGGGCUGGAAAUCCUGAAAGAUUUAAACCAGAGGAAUCAGGAUUCACUCUGUGGACUCAGAGGUCAUCCCACUGGCUAACUGUGAGGCCAUGUACCAGGCAGCUGUCACCAAGCGAGCAGACAACACCAUCUCCAGCGGGGUCAUGGAGGAGUCGGAGGUCUGUUCCCUGCCUGGGGGACUUGCAAGUGUGAGGAAACAAUUUGAGACCCAGGAAACUGCAACAUCACAUAAUGUUACCCAGUUUCAUUUUCAUCACAAAACUGUGCAGGAAAUGUCAAACUCAGAGGUGACAGUUUCAAGCAGCAGCAGCAGGCAGGUCAUCCCAGGCAGUCAGCAGCUUAAUUUCCAAGAAACUAUGAUGUCAAGUAUUGACAACAACCUGGCAUCUAGUUAUGAAAACCAUCAAAAUGAAACAGAGGAAGAGUUUCCCAGGUAUACCACAAAAGAGCUGAGAGAUCACUUUGAAAGAACUAUAGAAGAGGCUGCUGCACACAAGCCACUAAAGAUUGGACAUGACAUCAACCGAUCUAAAUGGUCCUCAGACGUGACUCAAAACAACACAGUGACUACUAAGGUGUAUGAAGCAUCCGCUGCUGAGGCAACACAAGACACAAUGGCCACAGUGAUGGAUUAUGAGGACUUCCCACCUCUACCAGUUGAGGAUUCUGACUAUCUUCCACCCCCUCCACCAGACUUACUACAAAUGCCAUCAGACAGUGACAAUAUUCCAGUGGAUCAUUACUCACAUGAGGCUCCAGAUCCCAUAAACCCGUCCAAACACCCACUCAACAGAGAGGCUUAUUUCAAGCAGAAGAGUAUGUCUGAGCUCAAACGCCUUUACAAGCACAUUCAUCCUGAGGUUCGUAAGAAUAUUGAGAAAGAGGUCUACACCGAAUACAAUGAAACUGAAAACAGCCAGAUAGAGAGCCAAGCAUACAUGUAUGAUGAUGAUGGCGGCAGUCCAGAUGAAGAGGAAUAUGGGGAGUGGGAGGAGAUUCUGCCUGGGGAGGUGCAGGCAAUGCGUUGGAUGUUUGAAAAUAAACCACUGGAUGCCAUUAAAGAUGAAACUCCUGAAGAGGAUGAAGACAAUAAGAAAAUAACUGAACAGGAAAUGAUUCUGGGAAAAGAUGUGAAACGCACUGCAUGGAUGUUCGAGACCAAGCCAAUGGAUGAGCUGGGCUCACUCAACACAAACUCAAUAGAAUAUAAAAACAAAUUCAAUAAAUUUGACAAAGGUGAUGUUCGUGCUGCUGCAUGGUUGUUUGAAACCCAAACUAUGGAUUCUCUGAACAAAAUGCACACAGGGGAGGAUUUAACAAAAGAGAUUGUAUUUACAGAAGAGGAUGGGAAUGCUACAAUUUACAUGAUUGAUAAUAAGUUCAUGGAGAGCCUUGGUCACACUGAGACCAUCGACGAGACCCACCUACUGAGCCUACGAUCAGUGUUAGAGGAAAUUAGCGGAGAAGUCAAAACUGUAACAAGUACUUUUGACACUCAGUUCAAAUGCAUCAUCAUGGGACAAUCAAGCCAGAUGCUGGAGAUUAAGUCUGUGCGCAAAAUUGAAACUGAAUUGGAGAACUCUAUUGCUUCACGUUGGCUUUUUGAUACCCAGCCUUUGGACAUGACAAACAGAGAACCGGCUCCCUUAAAACUUGUGUGUAGUCUGUCCAUGGAGGAUAGCAGUAAAGGAGACUGGGGCAGGUGGUUAUUUGAGAUAAAGACAUUAAAUUCUCUUACUGAGUGGGAAAGUUCACAAAUGGAGAAGAAAGAAAUCAUCGGCACAGAUGUGCGCAAACAUUGCUUAGUCUUUGAAACGCAGCCAAUGGAUUCCCUAAAGGAUGACUCCAAUGCCAAACCUCAAUCUAUUGAAGAUGUUAUUGGGGGCAAUGUUAGAUCUGCAAGAAACUUUUUUGAAAGUAGCCCUCAAGCAGUCAGAAAGAAUUGUGCCGAGGUUGGAAAACUUAAAAAGGCAACAGUCGAUGAAGACAUGAAAGGGGAUGUGAGACACCAAAAGUGGCGCUUUGAGAGUCAGCCUCUAGACAACAUAAGAGAGGAGAAGAAAGAGACCGCUCGUACUGUGAAUGUUGAGGAGGACCUCACACAGGAGGAUGGCACAAGCUGCAGGGCAGAUGUUCGCAGGAACUGCUGGGUAUUUGAAACACAGCCAAUGGAUACUUUAAAGGAUGAUUCAAAUGCCCGGCCCUUGACAAAAGAGGAAAUUAUCGCAGGAAACGUAAGAUCAGCCAGACAUUACUUUGAAAUGAUUCCAAGUGAAGAGUUGAAGGAAUUGGCUGAGGUGGGCAAACUGAGAAAAACAGUAGCACUUAAUGAGGAGAAGGGUGAUGUCAGACAUCAGAAAUGGCGAUUUGAAAGCCAGCCUCUGGAGCAAAUUAGAGAGGAACAGAAAGAAGUCAUACGGACAAUAGACAUGGAAGAAAUUGAUAAAGUAGAUGUGUUGAAUUACAAGCAAAUAUUUGAGAGCACAGAUUUAAAUGGAAGAAACAAAUCUGAAAAGAUUCACAUAGAGGGUGUAACGUCUGGCUCUGUGAAAUCAAAUAAGAACCUGUUUGAGUCCUCUGCACUGUAUGCCAUGCAAGACAGCUCUGGGCACUUCCAUGAGGUGAAAACAGUCCGCCGUGAGGAAGUUGUGAAAGGUGACGUAACAACCUGCAAAUGGAUGUUUGAAACACGCCCAAUUGACCAGUUUGAUGAAAGCAUUGAGAAAUACCAAAUUAUCAAGGGCAUAUCUAAGCAAGAAAUCGAGUCUGGAGAUGUUAAAACGGCAAAGUGGUUGUUUGAAACACAGCCUCUUGAUGCUAUUAAGUACUUCAGCAAUAUCGAUGAUGAAGAAACUGUGGGAAUAAGUAAAAAUUUUGAUGUGGUGAAGGGAGAUGUGAAAACCUGCAAGUGGCUUUUUGAGACAAAACCAAUGGACAUCCUGUAUGAAAAAGUGGAGUUUAAGGGUGAAAAUGAAUCUGAAGAAAUGUGUAAGGGUGAUGUCAAAACCUGCACAUGGUUAUUUGAAACGCAAGCCCUUGAUACUAUCCAUGAUGAGACUGAAACAGUUUUGAAAACAUGCACUGUAAAGCAAGAGGAUGUUAGAGGAAAAGAUGUGAGAAUGGCCUGUUUUCUGUUUGAGACGGAGAAACUGGAGAAUCUCACUGGGGAGGAGGCAGGUUCAUAUAAACGUGUCACAGAGAUAGACAUUGGCUCUGGAGAUGUGUCAAGGAUGAAGUAUAUUUUUGAAAAUCAAACAUCCGAUAUUAUGACUUCCACAUCUGAAGAAGUGAUGCAAAACCUCAAAAGAGUUCAGACUGAGGACAUACAAAGAGGAAAUGUUGUGAAUUGCAAAUGGCUGUUCGAAAAUCAAUCUAUAGAUACCAUACGUGAAAGCCAAGAUGAAUAUGUUUAUAGCCGUACAGUAAACGAUGUUCAAGGAGGAGAUGUAAAUAAGGGUCGUUUCAUUUUUGAAACCAACACCUUAGACAAAAUCCAAGAAGAUAUGUCAGAGACAGAGAUAAUGAGAAAGGAAAGAAUCAUCUGCGAUGAAGAAGAGAAAGGUGAUGUCAGAAAUUACACCAUGAUGUUUGAAACUCAGCCCCUUUAUGCCAUUCAGGACAAAGAGGGGCAUUACCAUGAAGUCACCACUGUCACCAGUGAGGAGAUAAAACAGGGAAAUGUCAUCGAAACCCGGUGGUUGUUUGAAACCAAGCCCCUCGAUGCUAUUAAGGACACAGAUGAGGUUUAUAUCAUCAAAUCUGUCACACAGCAGGAUGUGCAAAAGGGAGACGUCACGUCUGCCAAGUGGAAAUUUGAGACACAACCUCUUGACAGAAUCGCUGAGGAAAAGAAGGCUUUAAUAAAAACUGUGGACGACAUACAAGGGGGCAAUGUUAGAAUGAAUAAGCACCGUUUUGAGACUGACACCUUGUCACAGGGAUCUGUUAGGACUGUUAAUGUAAGUGAAAUACAAAAAGGUGACGUCAGGACUGCAAAGUGGAGAUUUGAAACUCAGUCCAUUGACAAAAUAAGAAGCAUGAGCUCUGAAAAUCUUAUUGAAACAGUUAGAAAGGAGGAGGUUGCAAAGGGAGAUGUUAAGCAAUCAGUCUGGCUCUUUGAGAAAAAUCCUCUUGACCAUAUUAAAGAAGCAGAUGAGGAAGAGGACACAACUACAACUCAAGAGGAGAUUCCCAAAGCAGAUGUAAAGACAAAAACAUUUCUAUUUGAAACUACACCAUUUGAUGAUUUUAAUGAGACUAAAAUGGAAAAAACCGAAAUAUUGGGCAAAAGCAUCAAGGGAACUCUUGAGGAACUUUUCAGUCAGAAAAUGGUGAAGUCGAAGGGUAUACUCAUUGAAGCUGAUGAAAUUGGCGAUGUAAGAAUGGCAAAAUACCAGCUAAUGAAUCAGGAGGCUCCAGAGAUUCAACGAGAGGAAGUCAUCAGUGGAGAUCUGCAGACUAUUAUGAUGAACCUGCUAAACAGGCAGGAGAGAAAAGAGCAACAGAUAGUCAUAGAUUCAGAAGAGAAGGGUAAUAUCAGUUCAACAGUGCAGCAACUAUUCAGCCAAGAGAGAGCUAGUAAUAUUGAAAAGGAGGAAAUACUGCGCGGUGACAUCCAAGAAGCUAUAAAUAACCUCUUUGAUGAGACUGGAUCAGCAAAACAUGGAAUACUCAUUCAAGAAGACGAAAAAGGCGAUGUACAGUUGACAAUAUAUUCCCUUCUGCAUAAACAUGAGAAUGUUAAUGUUCAAAAAGAAGACAUUGUGAAAGGGGAUAUAAAGAGUGCUCUUGAGAGACUGUCCAGCUCAGACAAGUCAGAUCAGGCAGUGAAGAUAAAAGUAGAUGAGAGUGAAAAAGGAAAUGUCAACUUUUACUCUACAUGCAUUGAAUCUGGGGCUCUGGACUAUCUGAAACAACUUCAUUUAGGACCUGAUGAGACUCCACCUGAAACAUCAAAGAAAGAGAAGAUUAUUGGGGGUGAUAUUAAGGGUACCAAAUUCAUCCUUGGUAAUAAUCAAAUGCAAAUUGAGCGUACAGUAGAGGAUGUUAUACCUGGAGAUGUUCACAGCACAGUGAAAGUGUUCAUGUCGGAGCCAGUUGGCUCAACGGAGAGAAUCCAAAAGGAGGAAAUAGUCAAAGGGGAUUUAAGAGCAGCUUUGAACUCUUUGUCAGAAUCAGUGAAUCAGACGGUUAUUGUGGAGAAAGAGGAGGUGGUGAAAGGCAACAUCCCAAAAGCUCUGCGCUGUUUGGAGAGAGCUCAGAGACGGUACAAGGAGGUGGAGAAGCCAGAUAUCAUCCCAGGAAAUAUCAGAGGGGCUCUAAGAUCUCUUGAGAAAUCAGCAACAUCCAGAGUUGAAGCCGUCGUAGAAGAUUUAGUUCCUGGAGAUGUGAAGGCCACACUGAAAUCUCUGGAACUGGCAAAGCAAGCAGUGAGAGAAGUUGAAAAGGAAGAAAUUGUGAAAGGUGAUAUUCAUACAGCCCUGCAAAGUCUGCAAGAUGCAUCCAGUGAGAAGAAAAAGCUUCAACAGGAAAUAGAUGUCCAGGGAGAUGUCAGAGGGACAAUUCAACUUUUCAUGGAGCCUCCACCUUCACCAAGGAUGCAAAGAAGUCCAAGCCUUGAUGGUGAAGUAAAAGGUGAUGUCAAGAUGUCAAUUAAGUCAUUAUAUGAGACUCAGGAGCAAGCACAUCUGGACAAAGAAGAAGUGGUAAAAGGUGAUGUUAAAGGCACUAUUAAAUCACUGUUGGAAACAGCACAGCGUGAGACUCCCAAAAUCCGACAUGGAGCAUACAGAAGAGUCAGAGUCAAGCAGAGCCCUCCAGUGAAAAACCUUAAUGCUGAUGCACAAAGGAACAUACAGAAGAUAAAAACAGCUAAACAAGUUGAAACAUCUCAUGAAAAGCACUCUGAUGAAACUGACAUGAUCAAAAUAAAGACAUGCACUGCAAACCAGUCUUCCCAGCAGUCAACUCUGGUGGAGCACAGAACUAUUACCAAAAAUCAUGACAUCAAAUCAGUCAAGACAGAGUUUCGAAAUCUGAAAGCAAACCCAAAGGGGAUGGUAAAAUUGGGUAAAACCAAAGUAAAAACUGAGGUGUACAAGUUAAAGUCAGAAACACCUGAGCCUGAUCUGCCACUUCCACCCCCGCCUCCACCACUGUCAGACGUUGACCUUCUUCCUCCUCCUCCGAGUCCUCUACCUCCCUCUGCUGACACUGACAUUGAUCACCUUCCUCCUCCACCACCACCCCCUCUCCCUGGUGAACAGGACUUCCUACCUCCUCCUCCAUCUCAGCAAGAACUUGAAAGUAUGCCAACACGGGAAAUUCAUCCUUCACCAACAAUAGCAAAAAGGAUGACGGUCAAAAAAGUAAAAGCUCCUGCUCUUCACCCAGUCCCAAAACUGGAGCCUAAAGUGGAAAUCAGUAAAACACAACAUGAAACCUCUGAAAAAUGUGUAGAAAUAAGCCAAAACCAAUCAAAAACCACUAUGCAGACAUCAAAAGCAGUUUUAUGUGAAAUCCCUCCACCACCGAAGUCACCACAGCCAUUAAAGAAAGUUUACAUUAAUCCUGUGAAAUUCACUCCUCCACCUUCUCCUCCUCCCAUCAUGAGAGGGAAAAUGAGUAAAUUUAACACACCAUUAAUAAAGGCUGAAGAAAAGUACCGGAAGCUGAAAGAGGAAAGUACACCUCCAACUACUCCACCUCCCACUUUCAUACAUGACUCAGUUUGUGCUGCUCUUGAAAUGCUUUCCACUAAAGAGGAGUCAAAUCACUGCAGCUCAGGAGUCACACAGGAGAGGGACAGAAAGAUAGUAGAGGAUGUUCAUUCUGAUUCUCUAUCAUCUGAUUUAUCCAUGCAAGUUUUACUCUCAAAUAGCACUCAAAGCAAAGCCAGCACUCAAAAAGAGAAAAUCACUGCAGAUUCAAAAAUUGUGUCUUCUGCUAAACAACAAAUUGUAUCUAGUGAAUCUACCAAGGUUGUGUCUGUUCAGAAAACUUCCAUCUCCAGUGUGAAACAACACACUCAUACCACAGAGAAAACCAUUUCCCCUAAACAGUCCGCUUCAUCUGUCAUGUCUGACAAAGUCCAGACCUCAGUCACUAGUAUUGCAAAAACAGAAAAUAUGACUGCACAAGCAAAGAAAGACUCCAAAAGUCAGAAAACAGAUGGCUCCAACAAAUCUGAAGGUACAAAAGAAAACAACUCUCAAAAACUGAAACCAGAAACAGAAAUAAUACAGUCACCCAAAAAUCUUACUGGAAAAGAAAAUGUGAAGGACUUCAAAUCACCUCAAUUUAAUAACAAAAAGAGACCUGGUGAUUUUCCAAUGAGGAUCCAAGAAGAUGUUUCCAAUCAGCAAAUGCAAGCGGAAAAGCCAGCUGCCAAUGCAAAUGGAAAAUCAGGGAAAAACAACCAAAAGGUGAAAAAGAACAAUAAACAGGAAAAGCAAGCAGAGACAAAAAUGCCCAGUGAGAGUGAGAAGCUGAGUGUUCCACAAGAUAUAACAGUAGAAGUGAAGGAGGUGGUUGUUCCUGUGUCUCCUGCUGUUGCUGUGCCUGAAGGCAAUAUUGACAAUCAGCCGGAAGCUCCAACUUCAGCAAAAAAGAAAAAGAAAUCCAAAAAGUCAAGAGUAAGUGUACAGCCAGGUCAAGGAAAGGAUAUUCUCUCUGAGUCAAAGACAGAAACAACAGAAACAACAGAAACCGAAAUAACUCACCAAGCUCAGGAGGCAAUUGCAGUCUCCCAAAUUAACAGAAUUAUAAAAGAAGAGCACGUUCAAGUCAAAAGAAAAGUUAUUAGCACUGAUAGCAAAGACAAUCAGGUUUCCCUACAACAAAAUGUACUUCAAAAGCCUGGGAAGGGCUCUCAAAAGAAAGGAGUAACAGUUACUCAGCAGCAAGUCGAGGAACCUCCAAGAAAAAGUAGUGAUGUCCCAAUAAUUGUGACAGGCAUGUCAGAGCAAAAUGAAUGUGGAACAACAGGGAGAACAGAGGAUUCUCAGAGGCGAGAGGUCCAAGUUUUAAUCUCUCAUAUCACAGACAUACAAAACAUUUCAGAGAAAACUGAUUCCAAAGCUGUAAAGAGUCUGUUAAAUACAGUGCCAGAGUGGCUCAUAUCUUUGGAAAAGAAACGUGAGCUUGAAGGAUUUGCAGCAGAAAGUGAUGCUCAAAAAAAUGAACAUAUUCUUUCAAAUUUAAGGAAAUUGGCUCAGUCUAAAUUGAUGCAUCUAGGAGACAAAGCAAUAGAGAAGCAUGAAUCUGAACCAGUGUCAGAGAAAACACUUUCUGGCUCCUCAUCACCAAGAAUAUCCAAGAUCAGUAUUGGUUCUGCAAAGACUGAGAAUCAAACCCAAAAAAAGACAUCAUAUGAAAGCAGGAAAGAAGAAAUGGUUCUAUCUAAAUCCGUCGACCUUCGAGCUCCCUCACCUUUACUUAGGAUGCGUUCACCCUCCCCAACAUUCAUCACCAUUGAGUCUACACGAAGAACUGACUCUCCACAGAGAGUUACACCAUCACCUACUCUGCUACACAGGCCACCUACACCACCAACCCCACCACCACGCAGGUGUGACACUCCGACUUCCCGCCUAAAUAGAAUCACACCCUCACCAACAUUUGACAGAGCAGAAAAUUUGGCUCGCCUUAAAGACACCACAGCAAAGCUCUCACGUGGCGUCACCCCACCUCCUCUACUUACCCAUCAAAUCCCAGAGAAGAAAUCAGAGAUUGUAGAAUCGCCUGCAUCAUUCCAUCGGCAAAUCAAAACUGAUUCCCAGGUUGUGGAAACUUCAGGGACACUGACUGCAACAAAAAAGGCAACAAUAAGCUUGUCUGAGGAGGUUCAGCAGGCUGAUGCAAAAGUAGGAGAUGAAGCUCAGGCUCUGAGUACAAUCGCUAUACAAAGCAGGUUUGAGACCCAUGUUGAAGCAAAUCAUUAUGACCUAAAUUUUGUUCAAUCGUUUGAUGAUUCAGAACCAUCAUGUGCAUCUGUCAAAGAAAAGAGAGAGUUCUUUGAAGGGGCUCAAAAAGCUGAAAUUAAUAAGAUCUAUGUCCGUAAGGAGCCCAUCGAUAUCCCUGAACGUCUGGGCCCAGAGAUUGAGGAGUGUGAGGCAGAAAACAAGAACAAAGAAAGCAAUGAGCUUCCCAGGACAGACUUAUCUGAUCUUUUAAACAAAUUUGAAUCUCCAGAAGAGAAGCUGUACAGCCGAAAAGAGCCUAUCCCACUCACAGAGCGUCUUCACCAUGAGAGCGAAAGCACAGAUUGUGACAAAGAGAAUGCAGACAUCCUGGAACAGGAAAUGCCAACUUUUGACAUCCAAGCAAUUAAAAAUGUCUUUGAACUUGGCGAGCAAAGUUCUUCAUUCAAAGAGGAGAAAAAGGAUCAGGCGGAGCUUGUGUCAAAUCUGAGUGAAACAAUGGUAGACACUUCAAAGCGGGAUAGGCCUCAAGAGGCAAAGGAAGGCUCAAGGCAGAGUACACCCCUCCCUCCACAGAAAAUUGAGGCAGAUACUGUUACAGCACAACCUUCAGGCUUCUCUGAAACCAAAUCAGUUACAGAACAUUUCUCAAAUGUUGAUGAAUUUGGCAAUAAGGUCACUGGAACAGUGACAUCUGUCACUGAGCACUGUCAGAGUGUGUCAACUCAGCGAGCUCCUUUCUCCUAUGCUGAUGCUGUUAAAAGAAAAGCUGCAAGACGAACAGAAACAUAUGAUGAAGAUGCCACAGAAAAGUUGCUGCAGAAUUUCCAUAAAACAUGGACAGAGAGUGAGGCAGUUUUCAAGAAUCUUAGCUACACUGUUUCUGAAGAGACAGCUUCACAAGCAGUGUCACAUCACAUGAAGAUAGUCUCAACGGGUUCGAGUUCCGAAGUCGGAGCUCUGCACAGUAUGUCGGAGGAGAGCUUAUCCGAUGGAUGCUCUGAUAGUGGACAAAAAAAAGUACCAUAAAUCUUGUUUCCGCUGUGAACACUGUAGAAACACAUUAAGCCUGGGAAAUUAUGUCUCUCUUCAUGGACAUUUCUACUGCCUACACCACUACAAACAACUCCUCAAAUCCAAAGGGAAUUAUGAUAACGGACUUGGGCAGAAACCCCCUGCUGAAAGUAGUGGACCUUUCUUGUCAGAUGAAAAACUUGAAUGGAGAUAUUCCAUGAGCAGCGUAACUUCAGUAGACAAGAUCCAAAGAGGUGAAAAUGAAAUUACUAAAACAUUUGAUGAAAGUAAACCACACUGCAACAAAAUAUCUGUAGUUUGGCCCCCACAGGCUGAUGCCCCCCCAAAAUCUUUUAAAAUAGAGGAAGAUAUUCAGUUAACCAGACCACAGUGGCCCCCUCCAGAUAACCCUCCUUCAUCUCCCAAACACCAGCACAGAAAGGCUGUUCCCAGAAGUGUCCUUUGAAAUAGAAUUUCCCAAGUGCAGAUUUUAGUCAAAUAUACUCAAAGCACAAUAGACUGAAAGGUAAAGUGAUGCUAGUAAAGAACUGUCCUGUAGGUUUAAUUCAGGAAGUGUUCAUUUGAAGGUCAUGCAGUUAAGUGAUUUAAAAGGGAAACAAAAGAAGUAAGAAUAUAGAAGAAAAUGGUGUAUAUAUUUGUAAAUGGUGCGGGAAAAGCAGAUUGUUAUAGAAAGUGCAAGAAAGGUAGAUGUUGGUUAAGUGUAAAAUGUGGGUGCAGACCUGAAGCAGGGUUUCUGAACUGGCUGGUUUGCCCUGUGUGUAAUUUUUCAUGCACUAUCGUUUAUUUUUACAUGAGUUUUUCCUGUUAAUCAGCACUCAUGCUGCCUUUGUCUUACAACCCUGAUUUCAGCAAGUGAGCUAUUUGCUUAACUUAUUUAGUCUAGAAAACCACUUCAACAAAUUUGGAAGAGAGUCACAAAAUGUUAUUUUUAACUCACUUAGAUGUCUAAACCUGGAGAUCCCACUGCUCUUGAAUAUCAAAGCAUCCAAUAAUUAGAUCCAAAUUAAUUUACACUAUUUUUUUAUCACUCUAUUUGUUUUAUUCUAAACUGAGCCGGUUUAUUGAGACCUCUCCAUUUCAUUGGUCUGUUGACUCUGCUUUUGUAUGAUUUUGUCAGGUUUACCUUUCAACAUGACAUUUUUACAUUUGCCUUUUCUUAGCACCUGGUGUGCAGACUACUAAAAUCCUCUUGGAAUCAUUUAUUUAUAAUAUUGAAAGUAUAUAAUAUAAACAAGUAAAUUGGUGGUAAUCAUGUUGUUUUAGACAUUUGUAUCCUAUUUUUUAGAUUAGACAUAUCUUGCUUUGAACAAGAACAUUUCUGAUUAUGUCAUGCUAUCAGGCUGGUUCACAUACUGUAUUGCUGUUCCGAAAGCAAUAAAAUGUUCAAUUUCAAUGUUGUUGUUUAAUUUUUAUUUAUUUAUUUUUGUCUGUGCUUUUGAUUUAUUCUGAACAUUUCUCUUAAAACAAGUACCCAAGUCUUUCCUAGAAAAAAAAUGUGUUUUUCUUCCAUCUUGUUGACUAAAUGUACAUGGCAUUCUUAAUGUAAACUGACUCACUGGAUGUCAGCAACUGUUUUCAGCUUUCCUG